AUGCCGGACCCAAGCUACACGUUUGUGGUUGAGCAUCUUGAUCCAGAACUCGGCCCUUGGUCUGCAUUGGAAUACAAAACCAUUGCAAAAGAGUCCAAACAAAAUGGCUGUCGUUUCAUUUUAUCGUCCCUGCCUCAAUCUCUGCUGGAAUCCCAAGGGAUCCAGGACUUGCAGAAUGUUGGAGCGGAGGCAAGAAGCGAUAGUGUCGAAACAUAUUUUGCCAGCAAGAAAGAAAAAAUCUGUCUCCUUGAUCCUGCCGCCCAGCAGGAAUUAGAUCCCUCGGAUGCUGAUGUCUUUGACGUCUUCUUAUUCGGAGGCAUAUUAGGCGAUGAUCCCCCACGAGACCGCACCAGUGAACUACGAAAGAAAGGCUUUACGGGACGCCGGCUGGGCCCUAAACAGAUGACCACAGACACAGCUGUGCGAGUGACACGGAUGGUGAUCCUUGAGCAGAUUCCUCUAGACAAGAUCCCGUAUAGCGACUAUCCCGAGUUGAGGCUGGAUGAGCACGAGACGACCGAAAUGCCGUUCCGAUAUGUCACUGACCAGUCUGGAAAUCCCAUUAUGCCUGAAGGCAUGAUAGAUUUGAUCAAAGCAGAUGCAGACAAAGCAUUCGACAGCCUCGAGUUCGCGGACGAAGUUGAAGGUCUGGAAAACUUGAAAGUCGACAGGCCAUGA